AAGAGAGGAUGAAGAGAGGUGGUGUGAGUAACAGACAGGACAGAGAGCCGUCACCUCGUCAGUGCUUCUCACGGCGAAUCAUUAAGGAACUUUCUCAGUAAAACGAAUCAUCGCAGCGUUCUCUAACUGGCCAGCAGAUCAUCAGCUGUCACCGGAAGGACGCCUCCAUCUUCUCCACCGGACAGGUUUAACAUGCUCUUCUUCUUCCUUCCCGUUCAUCUUCAUCAUCCACCCUGCACCAAACAGCCGCUGCUGCUCUUCAGCCACCGCGUGGGCGUGGGGGCGGCAGGCCACAACUCGCGCACUUCAGAGCUGAGCUGAAAGUCAGUUCAGUGAAUUUUCUGGAGCGGAAGUGUGACUGCCGCCAUCAUGAACGCUGCAGCUCUUCUUCUUCUGCUGACAGCGAGUUACUUCACCUGCUCCUCGUCUACAUGCGCCCUCAGCAGAGCAGGGCAAAAGGAGCUGAAAUACCUGAUCGAGCCGCUUGUAUACGCUGAGGUCUCCGGCCGCAGGGGAGAGAACGUCACCCUUCCAUGUAUUCUCAGAACCAAACCAGCUCAUUACAAUGUCAAAUGGACCAAACUGGAACCAGAACAUGUGGGACCACAGAACAUUGUCAUUAUAUCAAACGGACACACCUCCAAACCCUAUGGUCAAAUUGGACCACGAGCUUCUCUUCGGCAGGCUCACCCCAUGGACGCCUCGCUGCAGCUCCACCAUCUUGAGCUGGAAGAUGGAGGCAGGUAUCGCUGUGAGCUGAUCAACGGCAUCGAUGAUGAAAACGUUGUUGUCCCUCUUAGGAUUGAAGGGGUUGUGUUCCCAUAUCAGAGUAAAGAUGGCCGCUACAAAUUCACUUUCGAGGAGGCAAAGAAGGCCUGUGCUGAGCAGGACGGCAUCUUAGCCACAUUCAAACAGCUCUUCACAGCCUGGACCGAGGGGCUGGACUGGUGCAACGCAGGCUGGCUGGGUGAUGGGACGGUCCGUUAUCCCGUCAUCGUUCCACGGGCCCCGUGUGGAGGAGAGCUCGCGCCGGGCAUCCGCAGCUACGGACUGAGAGACAAAACUCACCACCGCUUUGACGCCUUCUGCUUCACUUCAGUGACAUCUGGGUCCGUGUUAUACAUCAGAGGGCCAUUCUCUUAUGGCCAGGCAGUGCAGGCAUGUAAAAAUAAAAUGGCUGACUUGGCCUUGGUAGGCCAGCUUUAUUCAGCCUGGCAUUUCCGGAACUAUGACCAGUGUGAUGGCGGAUGGCUGAAAGAUGGCAGCGUGCGGUUUCCCAUCUCCACACCCAGGAAACGCUGCGGAGGACUGCUUGAGCCAGGAAUACGCUCCUUCGGGUUUCCUAAAAAUAACCAGAGUCUUUACGGAGCCUUUUGCUAUAGGUAGACCAACUCACUUUUGAAAUAGAGCUGCAAGCAGGGAUUCUAGGGUUCAAGUCAACACAGACCAUGAGAAGUUGUAAGCUUCAAUAGCUUAAUUAAAAAUAUCCCCCCAAUUUGGUGAUGUUUAGAUAAACUGUCACUGAUUUAUGGCCAAAUUUGUGCCAGGCCCAUGCAUGUUUUUGAGCUGGUGGCGCCCCCUAUUGAGCGAUUUCAAAAUAGUUUUGCACACGUGGUUCAACAUUGUUCUGGAACAUAUCCUGUAAGUUUCGUAAUGACUGGACAGAUGAUAUCUGGAUUAUAGUCUGAUUUGUGUUAUGCCAUUCCAAUUUUUCGCAUCUGUAGCGCCCCCUAUUGGUCAGUUUGAACGAAAAUUUCAGGGUAUGUUUCAGGUACUUAUGUGGACACAUUCUGCACGUUGUGUGAGGAUUGGCCCGACGGUUGUUGACUCUGGUCUAUUUAUGUGCUGAGCCACACCCUUUUGAAGUUCAUUGGUCAAUAUCUUGAAAAAUACACAAGAUAUCAACAAGCUUUACACGCAUGUUUAUAAGCUUGGUCCAGUAAUAAUCCACAGAAAAUAUGGCAGCAAUCAGACCUACAAUUUGGGAGGAGAUGUCAAAAAUGUGUUUUUCAGAAAGACUCAAAAUGGCGGAAAAUCUAGUCAACUUUAGUGGUCCUUCAGGCAGAUUUGCAGCGCGAGGCUAGAUGGAUGUCUGUACCAAGUUCCGUGGAAAUCGGACUUUAGGCGUCGGAGUUAUGACUUCAAAGUUAAAAAUUUUGACCUUUAAUUAUAGCGCCCUCAUCAGGCUGUUUGGGGUCAUAGUUCGUUGGCAGCAGUUGCACACAACCUCCAAUCAAUGGGAAAAAUCUCAUGUCUCUACCAUUCACCAUCUCAUGGGAAUUUGCACAAACAUUUCUGAAUAAUAAUAAUAAUAAUAAUAAAUGUUCAUUCCAACACUUUUAUUUGGGACAAUACAAAUUCCUUUGACCUUUUCACUGAAGAAAUAUGAAAUUAACAACACAUGCUGACAGUUCUGGCCUUUUUUCCUGUCUUUUGAAAGUGUUGGCUGUCUUGAGCAACGUGGCCCUUGUACGAGGAGAAUGUAUUCUGAAUGUCACAGAGGAAUCUACCUUCUUCACCUCAAAUGGCUGUUUUACACGUUGUUUUAAUACUCGGGCCGAGCCGGGAGAAAUGUCAUAUCCCCAAAAGACAAAAGACUUGGGAUGGACAUUCCCAAAAUCCCAAGCAGCAAGCCUGUCGUGGCAUCGUGUCCAUAAGACUGACUGGGUUUCGGUUUUGAUCCUCCCAGAAACCUUCAUCGCCUCCAUAAACGCCAACCUCUUCAACACGGGGUAUUUACGACGGUCCUAUAUUAGAUGAGCUCAGGCCAUCUACUGGACACCAAACCGGAUGUUUCUGUCGACAACCCACUGAGAAAUGAAGUGCUGAGCUGUACGGUCAGGCUUAUCGUGUCUCCGCUAACAUUAGAUACUACUAGAGUAGACAUUGUUGGAUAAUAACACUAGACGUGUGGAUGUGACCUACAAGAAACCAGCCGGCCAGCCUGUUCCAGGGUAAAGACUCUUUAACCAGACAGACGCUGGUUAAACGUGAUGGAUGAAGGGAGUUUCUUCCCCACGCUGGAUGUUCCAUAUGGUGAAUACAUCACAGGAUAUGGAUUAUGGGCCUACAUCAGCGGUGGGCAGUCUUACCCACAAGGGGCCGGUGUGGCUGAAGGUUUUUGUUCCAGCCAGGCAGUUACACACCUGUGUCUCCUCAUCAAGUUCCUCAGCAAAGACUCUACUGGUUGAUUAGUGGGAUCAGGUGUUUAACUGCUUGGUUGGAGCAAAAACCUUCACCUUCACUGGCCCUUUCUGGAUAAGACUGCCCACCCCUGGCCUACAUGAGCAAUCGCGUCAUGGUUCUAAACCUCUGCAUUACUUUUUGCUAAUUUCGUCAUAAUCUCAAAGUAAAAUGGUGUCCAGUGUGAGGGAAGUAUGACAGGUGGAGUCCUGCGUUGUGUUGCUGCAGCCAGCGGCCGGUGGAUUGUGACGCGUUCAAAGCUGCGUUUGUGAGAUGGAGCAACGCGGCUGGAGAUGAAACCAUCCUCCAUGUCCGUAACAAAAAUGUCACAGGUUAAAGAAAGUUAACAAGACAUUAACCCCUUACCCAACACUGUAAAUUACCCAGUUUAAGAGCCUCUGUUGCAUGUACAGCAAGUAACAUGUCCAUGACACUGCUGGUUUAAAUAAAGGUGCGGAAGUCUGUGAUUGCA